AUGAAACCAGAAACUUUAGUCAUGAAAAUAAUAGAAGCUAUCGAAACGUAUUCGCCGACUCUAAUAACUUACAACGGUAAAAAAGUGCACAUAACCCAAAAGAUUAUCGAUAAAUACAAACAUUGCAAAGUCGGAGACAAUAUAGACUUGGAAAGAAUUGAUCACAAUUUAACUAAAAAAGGUGUAUUUUUACCUUUCUUACCUUUAAUCUUUGCAGGUUUAGCUGAAGCAGGCGCAACUGCUGGUGGGGCUGCUGGGAUUGCCAAAGCUGUCAAAGAUAAGAAAGCUGAAGCACGUAGACACAAUUUGGCAAUGGAAAGAGAAGCACGAGGAGGUUCGGGAGUAGGAGAUAUAUUAGGGACGGUCAAAGAAUUCGGACAAAGAUUUGGCGAAGAAACCAAGAAAACCGUUAAAGAGGGAUUAAGCAAAUUAAUAGAUAAUAUCGACACCGGAGAAAUAAAAGUCAAACACAAGGGCAACGCCUUAUUUUUUAAAAACUUACGUUCGGGCGAGGGAAUCUUUCUUUCAAAGUAUAAAGGCAACGGGGUGAUUUUUGGUACGAAAAUGUAA